GCGUGGAGACUGCGGCGGGGCACGCAUUGCCCGGCAGUUGGUUCGUGGGCUGUGGAAGCGACGGAGCAGGGGGCUGGUGGGGCUGGCUCGGCUGGCUGAGGGAGCACCUGCCCGGGGUCUUUAUCUUGCAUACCCUCGCUUGGGCUGGCCAGGGUAGUCACUUCUGCCUCCCUGCCCUCCAGACCAUGGACGGCUCCUUCGUCCAGCACAGCGUGAGGGUUCUGCAGGAGCUCAACAAGCAGCGGGAGAAGGGCCAGUACUGCGACGCCACCCUGGACGUGGGGGGCCUGGUGUUUAAGGCGCACUGGAGCGUCCUUGCCUGCUGCAGCCACUUCUUCCAGAGCCUCUACGGGGAUGGCUCAGGGGGCAGUGUCGUCCUCCCUGCUGGCUUCGCUGAGAUCUUUGGCCUCUUGUUGGACUUUUUCUACACUGGUCACCUCGCCCUCACCUCAGGGAACCGGGAUCAGGUGCUUCUGGCAGCCAGGGAGUUGCGAGUGCCAGAGGCCGUAGAGCUGUGCCAGAGCUUCAAGCCCAAAACUUCAGUGGGACAGGCAUCAGGUGGCCAGAGUGGGCUGGGGCCCCCUGCCUCCCGGAAUGUGAACAGCCACAUCAAGGAGCCGACAGGCUUGGAAGAAGAGGAAGUUUCGAGGACUCUGGGUCUAGUCCCCAGGGAUCAGGAGCCCAGAGGCAGUCAUAGUCCUCAGAGGCCCCAGCUCCAUUCCCCUGCUCAGAGUGAGAGCCCCUCCUCCUUAUGUGGGAAACUCGAGCAGGCCCUGAAGGCUUGUCCCCCCGAGGACAAGGAACCGGAGGACUGCAAAGUGCCCCCAAGGCCCUUCCAGGCUGAAGGUGCCCAGCUGCAGGGCAGGAAUAAUGAGUGGGAAGUAGUGGUUCAAGUAGAGGACGACGGGGAUGGCGAUUACAUGUCUGAGCCUGAGGCUGUGCUGACGAGGAGGAAGUCAGAUGUAAUCCUCAAGCCCUGUGCAGCCGAGCCAGCCCUGAGCACGGGCUCCCUAGCAGCUGAGCCUGCUGAGAACAGAAAAGGUACAGCGGCAGUCGAAUGCCCCACAUGUCAUAAAAAGUUCCUCAGCAAAUAUUAUCUAAAAGUCCACAACAGGAAACAUACUGGGGAGAAACCCUUUGAGUGUCCCAAAUGUGGGAAGUGUUACUUUCGGAAGGAGAACCUCCUGGAGCAUGAAGCCCGGAAUUGCAUGAACCGCUCGGAACAGGUCUUCACGUGCUCCGUGUGCCAGGACACAUUCCGCCGGAGGAUGGAGCUGCGGGUGCACAUGGUGUCUCACACAGGGGAGAUGCCCUAUAAGGUCAGGCUUGGCCUGUCUCCAGGGCCAGGGUGUUCCUCCUGCUCCCAGCAGUUCAUGCAGAAAAAGGACUUGCAGAGCCACAUGAUCAAGCUGCACGGAGCCCCCAAGCCCCACGCAUGCCCCACCUGUGCCAAGUGCUUCCUGUCUCGGACAGAGCUGCAGCUGCACGAAGCUUUCAAGCACCGUGGGGAGAAGCUGUUUGUGUGUGAGGAGUGUGGGCACCGGGCCUCGAGUCGGAAUGGCCUGCAGAUGCACAUCAAGGCCAAGCACAGGAAUGAGAGGCCACAUGUGUGUGAGUUCUGCAGCCAUGCCUUCACCCAAAAGGCCAAUCUCAACAUGCACCUGCGCACACACACGGGCGAGAAGCCCUUCCAGUGCCACCUCUGUGGCAAGACCUUCCGCACCCAAGCCAGCCUGGACAAGCACAACCGUACCCACACUGGUGAAAGGCCUUUCAGUUGCGAGUUCUGUGAGCAGCGCUUCACUGAGAAGGGGCCCCUCCUGAGGCACGUGGCUAGCCGCCACCAGGAGGGCCGGCCCCACUUCUGCCAAAUCUGCGGCAAGACCUUCAAAGCCGUGGAGCAGCUGCGUGUGCACGUCAGACGGCACAAGGGGGUGAGGAAGUUCGAGUGCACCGAGUGCGGCUACAAGUUCACCCGACAGGCCCACCUGCGGAGGCACAUGGAGAUUCACGACCGGGUGGAGAACUACAACCCGCGGCAGCGCAAGCUCCGCAACCUCAUCAUCGAGGACGAGAAGAUGGUGGUGGUGGCGCUGCAGCCGCCUGCCGAGCUGGAGGUGGGCUCGGCAGAGGUCAUUGUGGAGUCCCUGGCCCAGGGUGGCCUGGCCUCCCAGCUCCCCGGCCAGAGACUAUGUGCAGAGGAGAGUUUUGCCGGACCAGGCAUCCUGGAGCCGUCCCUCAUCAUCACAGCUGCUGUCCCCGAGGACUGCGACACAUAGCCCACUCUGGCCACCAGAGCCCACGUGGCCCCACCCCUCAAUAAACCGUGUGGCUUUGAUCUCGUGUA